CAUGGUUCAUUUAAUUUGUAUAUCCUUAAUGUCUGAGUUAAUUUACAUAUCCUUAUGAGAUAUUCUGAUUUUGGUCCAUUAGAGAUCACAAGUUAUGAUUCAUUUCUCAAUCUGGGUAAGACACGGUUUAAUGCAAAACUUAAUGAAAAAAUGGAAUGGAAAGAGAAAUUAGACGACUUUGAACACAUUGAAAUUCUGGGACGUGGUACGUUUGGAAAAGUUGUUUUAGUGAAAAACAAACGUUCACAAAAACACAAGUUUCAAGCAAUGAAGAUUAUUGAGAAGAAGAUAUUGGUUGAUAAGAAACAAGUUCAGAAUACGCUAACAGAAAAAACAAUAUUACAGUGUGCGUGCCACCCUUUUAUGACAACUCUAGAUUUUGCUUUCCAAGAUAACAGUUACAUAUAUUUCAUAAUGCCACACAUACCUGGAGGUGAUCUGUAUACUCAUAUGAGAAAAUUUGGAAAGUUUGAUGAAGCACAAGCACAAUUUUAUGCGGCACAAGUAAUAUUAGCUGUAGAAUUCUUGCACUAUCUAAAUUUUAUUUACAGAGACAUAAAACUGGAAAACAUUCUGAUUGACCACACGGGGUACUUGAAACUCACAGAUUUUGGGUUUUGCAAAAAGCUUGAGAAGGGGAGAACGUACACUCUGUGUGGAACUCCGGAGUAUAUAGCCCCAGAAGUUCUGUUGCACAAAGGUUACGGGCUGUCUGCAGACUGGUGGUCCGUUGGUAUUCUGAUAUUUGAAAUGAAUGCUGGGUUCACCCCAUUCUACUCUAGAAACGUGGUUAAGUUAUACAACAAAAUACUAGGCUGUAGGUUCAAGAUACCUUUUUUCUUUUCAUCAGAUCUUAAGGACCUUGUUACACAGUUUCUAAAGGGAGAUAUUACACAGAGAUUAGGGAAUAUGAAGGGCGGAGUCGAUAGUAUAAAACGACACAAGUGGUUCAACACAAUGAACUGGCUGAGUCUGCUGAGUAGGAAGCUGGUGUCUCCGUACAAGCCUAAAUUCGUCAUGAGUACCUCAGUCUCCGCUGCUGACAUAAAAGACAUUCUAGAACUGAGUGUGUCUGGUCAAAAUGAAUAUAAAGAUAUCUUUGAUGGUUUUGCAUGAUCAGACCUUUUCCUAAGUAAUAUGACAUGUUUUCCUAGGUUGUAUUUUGAUAUAAAGAAAGUGAAUUUUAUACUUUGUCCAAAAAGAGGUAA